AUGGUGGACACGAUGAUCCAGGGCCAACUUGGCUCUCUGACCAGCUCCACACCCUCUGCCCCUAGCUGGGAGGCAAAGCGGGACGAGGUGGACCGCAUGGAGGAGGGCAAAAAGCCGGAAGAGCUCAUGCCCAUGUACAUGGAGGGCCGUGACGUGCAGGCCGGUGGCUUCGGAAGUUUGUGGAGCCGCUAUCGCGUUCCAGUUCUGGUUGGCACCGUGCUUCUUCUGGGCCUCUUCUUGCUGGUGGGGCCGAUUGGUGGCAUGCAAACCAGCAGCGAAGAGGGAGCGGGCAGUGCUGUGAAGACCGUGGACAUGCCGGAAGCAAGUCAUUUGGAACCCGCAGACAUUGGUCCAAAUGCGUCGACGCCGUCAGCGUCGGACACCACCACCGCCAAAGCAGCAAGUUCGGUGGAAGCCGCUCAAGGCGAGGCAGCGCCAGCAGCUGCCACCGCGGCUGCAGCAGCCAAAGAGGUGGGGCCCAACACGACCGAGGUUGCGAAUGAGUCCGCAAGUGGAGCUCCCGAGGAUCCAGCCAUUGCAAGCUACAAAGCAGCUUGCCCGACUUUGCUCAAGCUUCGUGGAGCUUGUGACUACGACCUGUCCGCCGAUGAUCCAAGUCUUCAUGCGCAGACUUUGGUGCGAAACGUGUGUCCUACGGAGUGCGGGGUUGUAGACAGGUACCGAAAGAUGUGCCCAUCUCUGAUGAAGCUUGAUGGAGGCUGCGCACAUGAUCUUUCGAUAGAGGAGGACCUCCUUCCUCAUGGCACCUUCGUGCGGAUAGUGUGUCCCGAGAAGUGUGAGACAACAACUACUUCGACGACGCUCGCCAGCACUGUCCCGGCAGAGACCACCAGACAGGAGUUGCGAACAGCCGCGACUUCCACUUCGGCUCUGCGAGGUGACCCGUUCCCGGAACGGACGCAGAAGCAGAUGCCAGAAACGGAAAUCCCAGGCAAGGUGCGCCCUUCCAGGUGGCUUGGCUACUUGGCCGGUUUGGGUACGACAGCUGCAUGGGUGGCGCUCUGCAUACGUGAACAGCGGCUCCGGAGCGGCGUUUCACAGCUUGGCAGUGUACAGUUGCCGAGCCACUCCCUGCAGAGCUGCUCGCAUUGGUCACUAGAAGCGCCCCCUGAUAACGAGUCCCUGGGCAAGGUGGCUUUGUCUUUUUGUGUGUACGGCGACGGUGCUCCAGUGCUCCCUGUUGACAAGUGUAAAGCAGACAAAGUCACAGUCGAGCUCUUUGGAUGCCUAAGGUUGGGACUCGCCGGGGAGUCCGAAGAGUUCAUUCGCAUGAGCGUCUGCACCUCGUGGUAG